GUGUGUGUGUGUGUUUAUGGGGUGUCCAGUUGUGGGAGAGUCGCAUGUGUUGUCAGAGAAUUGAGUUUUUUGUUGCGAAGUAAUGUCUCCCCCAUGAGUUUGUGUGAGUCUCCUAAUUAGUGACCAAAUACAAGCUUUAUAGCAGAAACUUCGCCCUUCUGGCUACACCAUAACAGCCUCAACAACUAAUUCCAAAAUGCAUAUUCCGCAAGAAUAACACCCAACAUAAAUAAAAAAAAAAAAGCAUACAAACCAUAUGAAAUAUUUGUCUAUUAUAAAUAUCCCUAUCUUACAGUAUACAAAAACACUUAUCCCAUUACAUAGUAAAUCACCCCUGUCAAAUUGGUUGUGCCCAAGGACUCCCACCUAGAAAUACCCCGAGCGGUUUAGUCCAUCUGGUUUGCAAUACAGGCUAACCAGCACAAGAAAGAUGUUAAACUGCUGAAGGGUAAGCAAAGAAACUACAGAAAUGAUCCUUGAAAACUGCAGUAAAUGUGUUAAAAGUAAACAGCCACCUGCAUGAUGUACUUGUCAUAGUUUAAGAAAUGUUAAUAGUUAAAUUUAAGAAAUGUUAAUAGUUAAGGACAAACGGAUACCAGUAGGCCUUUCCCCCAGCACCCAACCUGGUUCAAACAGAAAAUGUUAAGUGAAAUACUGGACCAAAACAAACAGUGUAACAGUACAAAGUGAAAUGCAUGUGAACAGGCAGCAGCAACACCAAGAGUCAGUACUUCACUGAUGGUAUUUUUGGUGGCAUCUUACUGAUUCUUUGCUACCAGCAUGCCUGUCACAGCUCAGGAUGUGACAGUCAGGAUUGGAGCUAGGGUUAGGGUUGGAACUUUCCGCUUUCUCGGGCUUGUUCUUUUCUGGGGAUUUUGCAAACACGUGAACCUUAUUCUGUUUUCCGCACUUGACGCAAAUUUUUCUUGUCUCCAGCUUUGGGUCACCGUGCCCUGUUUCAGUCUCUACUUGUGUGUGAGAGCAUCAACACAACAGUUUUCUCACCCAGUUUGUCUUUGUUAGUUCCUGCUCCUUCAUACAGCAUGCAGCGUUACAUCUCCUUUAGAGAGCGAGGCAGAGCGUCCAGAGCGGAGUCCAACACCGGUAGCCGAGACGGCGUCUUUCGAAAGAAUCAAGUCCCUGUUUGACGUAAGUUCCAUCCUGAAUGUAUCGUCUGACGGCAGAACGCGUAUCGCCAUCGCUCACGCUGACUCGGACAGGUAGCCAUGCGGGAGGCGCACCUGGCCAGGUGAAUGUUUCCACUAGUCUCUCCCUGGUCUCACAAAUUGCAUGUUUCUCACAACCUGGAGGUGAACAAUGUUCCAUCCCAAGAACGGAGUCCUCUGGCUUCGCAGGUGAGUCCGGGUCUGCUGCUGCACCCCUACUUCCCACUGAGCCAGCGGCGCGAGUCCUUUCUGUACUGCUCGGACUCCGACUACGACCUGUCUCCCAGGGCCAUGUCCCGCAACUCUUCUCUUACCAGUGAAGGGCUCACAUGAGACUUCAUUGUCCCCCCUUUUGCUCAGGUUCUGGCAAGUCUGCGAUCUGUAAGAAGCAACUUUGCCCUCCUCGCCAAUGUCUCAAUACCCACGGUCAAGUCGGUGUCUCGCUUUCGGUGAAACCUGCCAAUCUAAACUGUCACUGCAGUCAGUGAGAACCAGGAUACCACCUCCUCUGUGACAGUCUGUGAGAGCGUGUUUGACAGAGUUUGUUAGGUGGCGCUGUUCAUGUAUCCCUGUUGUAACAUGCAAGAAGUCUCCACUGGGAAUGCAGCAAACCACUCCCAGGACAGUGCUCUCUGAGGAGGCCUACCAGCAACUGGCUCGCGAGACCUUGGAGGAGCUGGACUGGUGCUUGGACCAGCUGGAGACCAUCGAAAUGCACCGCUCCAUCAGUGAUGUGGCCUCGACCAAGAUGCAGAUCUCACCUGUGCUGACUGACACUCGUACCGCGGCACUGACAACCACCAUGUGAGAGUGUGUGACAACCCUCCAAACGUGACCUGCGCUCAUCCUUCCACUGUGUGUGUUUUCUCACUCAGACUGCCCCCCCAUCUGUGCGUCACUUAGAUUAACACCCAGCUGUGUGUGGUGCGUUUCCCGCUACUGUCCAGCUGGGCACUCUUUGUGCACUCUUUGACGCCCGCUGAGUGCUACCGUGUGUGGUGUCUCUCUCCGAGUCUCACUGCUGUAGGAUGUAUGUCACGUCUCUCCAUCUGCUCACCACUGUGGUGUUUUUCCAAAAUACCAGCACUGAUCCUGAACAACGUGAAGAUUUGGUUGCCAGGGAAACCUUUUUUCUUGCCAUGGAGACUGGUUAUGAAACGCUGUGGGUCUGUGAGGAUGAGCAUGUACAGUGGACUUCACAGGGCUAUGUGUGUGUAUUCACUGUGAGAGAAGGAGCACAAAACAAACACACUCUCUCAUCCUGACUGACUCCGCCCAGAGUUUAAGCGGAUGCUGAACCGAGAGCUCUCCCACCUGUCUGAGAUGAGUCGCUCUGGAGUCCAUGUGUCCGAGGACAUUUCCAGCACAUUUCUUGACAAGCAGAAUGAGGUGGAGCUCCUGUCCCCCAACCAGAAGGAGCAGAACUCAGCAGCAUGUCAGACCAGUGGAGUUGGGAUUUUGUCCCAAGACUCCAGGGCAACUCUGCCUCUAUUUGGGGUCCAAACCAAGCAUGAAGAUGUUUGCCCAGGAACUGGAAAAUCUGGAUAAAUGCAACUUCAACAUUUUCAUUGUGGCUCAGCUGUCCUGUAACCGGCCACUCGGCUGCAUUAUGUUUGCCAUCUUCCAGGAAAGGGAUCUCAUGAAGACCUUCCGAAUGCCAGAAGACACAUUGAUGGCCUAUGUGAUGACCGUAGAGGACCACUACAAUGCGAGUGUGUCCUACCACAACAGUCUGCGUAGAGCAGAUGUUACGCAGUCCACUCAUGUUCUGCGCUCCAGGCCUGCCCUCAAACUGCCAUUCAUGAUGUGGAUCACCCUGGAGUCUCUAAGCAGUUCCUCAUCAACACUAGUACUGAGGAUCAUAGUGCACUGUGCAGACCUCAGCAAUCCCAUGAAGCCACUGGCCGUGUACCACCAGUGCACCGAACAUAUCAUGGAAAAAUUCUUCAGACGGGGACAAGGAGCGCGAACGCGGCAUGGAGAUCAGUACUGUGUGUGAUAAACACACCGCAUUUAUGGGGAAGAGUUGGGUACAAACGGUGUCUGUGUGUGUGUAAUUCCAUCCAUCCAUCUUCCUCCGC